AUGGAUCACGCCUCAGAGAACCAGGAUAAAAAUCUCGAACGGCGUCGUGAGCAGAACCGCCUGGCUCAGCGCAGAUUCCGUGAAAGGCACAACAAUCAAACUAAGGCGGCAGCGUUUAGCGCGGUGACUCUGAUCAACUCAGAGACACUGCCGCACGGUGGGUUAUCCCCAACCGAACCAAUGCCCUUGGGAUUUCUCAAUGCUACCGAAAGUAUGGACAUGUAUAUCGACAACGUGCUAUUAUCCAACGCGGAUCCGACAAGUCGUGUCAUCUCAAGAGUGAAUUCCGGGCCGGAUACGGCCGAAGAUGCAACGGAUCAACAGCUGCAGGAACAUCUCAUGAAGGAGUCUAGUAUAGUAGGAGAAUUUUCACCCUCAUAUGCACCACCAGACCUGGUCUAUAGGACUGGUCAAUUGCGAGGUGAAAUAGAAGAACAGUGCACCGAGGAGUCAGGCUGGUUAAGUCCUUUGCACAUCGCCGCAACUAAGGGAAAUGACAAGAUAGUGCAGUUGCUGAUACAGCAUAAUUCAAACAGCAACGAAAAAGACAGCGAUGGUGUCACGCCAUUGAUGCGCGCUGUUGAGGGAGGCUUUGAAGAAGUAGUAUGGUCUCUAUUGCGACACGGCGCGCACGUAGAUGAGAAAGAUGCUCGAGGACAGUCGUCGUUGCAUUUAGCCGUUAUACACCGCCACGAGGCAAUAUUGCAGCAAUUACUGGAAAAUUGCCAUGGUCUUGGUUCAGCAGUGAAUAGCUACAAUGUGAAUGGGCGCACGCCACUGCAUAUUGCAAUUGAGAUUGGUUUUGAUGAGGGUGUUCGAUUAUUAUUGCGCUACGGGGCUAAUGUGUCCCUUCGGGCUCGAAAAAUAUCAAUAUCGGCAAAAACUUAA